AUGACCACCCCUCACAGUCAAGCUCAACCUAGCCUGCCUAUUGACCCACAUUCAGACCCACAUCCAGAUGAAUACAAGAUUGCAGCCCUCGUCUUCUACAGCUGUAUCUUCAUCAUUGGACUAUUUGUUAAUGUCACUGCUUUAUGGGUUUUCAGUUGUACCACCAAGAAGAGAACCACCGUGACCAUCUAUAUGAUGAACGUGGCACUACUGGACUUGAUAUUUAUAAUGAGCUUACCCUUUCGGAUGUUUUAUUACGCAAAAGGUGAAUGGCCUUUUGGAGAGUACUUUUGCCAGAUUCUUGGGGCUCUCACAGUGUUUUACCCAAGUAUUGCUCUGUGGCUUCUUGCCUUCAUUAGUGCUGAUAGGUACAUGGCCAUCGUACAGCCGAAAUAUGCCAAGGAACUUAAAAACACGUGCAAGGCCGUGAUGGCGUGUGUGGGCGUCUGGAUAAUGACCCUGACCACCACCAUCCCCCUCCUGCUGCUCUAUGACGACCCAGACACAGCCUCCUCCACCCCCCCGACCUGCCUCAAGAUUUCUGACAUCAUUUACUUGAAAGCUAUUAACGUGCUGAACUUCACCCGACUGAUAUUUUUUUUCUUGAUUCCUCUGUUCAUCAUGAUCGGGUGCUACUUGGUCAUUAUCCAUAGUCUCCUUCACGGUAAGACCUCUAAGCUGAAGCCAAAGGUCAAGGAGAAGUCGAUCCGGAUCAUCAUCACGCUGAUGGUGCAGGUGCUGGUCUGCUUCAUGCCCUUCCACAUCUGCUUUGCUUUCCUGAUGCUGGGAGGGGAUGAGAACAGCUACAACCCCUGGGGAGCCUUCACCACCUUCCUCAUGAACCUCAGCACUUGUCUGGACGUGAUUCUCUACUACAUCGUUUCGAAACAAUUUCAGGCUCGAGUCAUUAGCGUCAUGCUCUACCGUAAUUACCUUCGGAGCGUGCGCAGAAAGAGCUUCCGCUCAGGUAGCUUACGGUCACUAAGCAACGUAAACAGUGAAAUGUUAUAA